CGCCCCAUGAGCCUGACCAAUCCAAAGGGCACGGCCAAGUCCAAGACGAGCACGAACGUCGUACUAAUUGAGUUGCAUAUAUAGUUGAAUUAAUGGGGGAUAAUAAUGUAAACCUACCACCUGGCUUUAGGUUCAGCCCAACAGAUGAGGAGCUGGUUGUUCAUUUUCUCCAACGCAAAGCUUCUCUCUUACCUUGCCAUCCUGAUGUCAUUCCCGAUCUUCAUCUUUAUCCCUAUGAUCCUUGGGAUUUGGAUGGAAAAGCAAUGGCAGAAGGAAACAAAUGGUAUUUCUAUAGUAGGGCAACAAAUGAGACCAGAAUCACAGGGAAUGGAUACUGGCAACCUGUAGGAGUUGAUGAAUCAAUAAUGUCAAGUUCCAAUCACAAAGUUAUUGGGACGAAGAAAUACUAUGCAUUUUACAUGGGUGAUGAGCCACCACAAGGCCAUAAAACCAAUUGGCUAAUGCAGGAAUACAGGCUUUCUCAUUCUUCAGCUUCAGCAACUAGAUCAUCCUCUAGAACAUCAACAACUCAUUCCACAAAUGGGUACUAUAGUAAAUGGGUAAUUUGUCGUGUAUACGAAAGCAACUCUGACAAUGACGAAAAUGAUAGCGCGGAGCUUUCAUGUUUGGAUGAAGUAUUCCUUUCACUAGAUGAUCUUGAUGAUGAUAACAUUAGUUUGCCACAUUAGUCAAUUAAUUAAACUCAGACUUGUUGAUUAGCUUUCUAA